GCGGAGCUCACGACAAGCAGUCCUGCUGACCACAACGUACUGUCUGCACUUGCACCACACAUGCCGACUAUAACGACUGCAGCUGCACGAUUCACCCCAACUUCCGGUCUUUCAACGCCUAACUCAGGACCUCCAGGUCUCAACGAAGGUCUCGAGUGAGUUGUUGGCUUCAGACUUUCAUCCUUGACUAUCUAUCUGUACUGAGCUUUGCUAGACUUCGUCAAGCACCAGGCUUUGCGCCACUAGAUGCAUCUCCGGUUGAGGUUGUGGCGCCAGCUUUACCUGCACCUGCCCCCGCUGCUCCCGCCAUGCCAUCUGCAGCAAUUCCUGCGGGACCGCCACCAGUUGUCGAUCCACCUGUUGCGCCGGCUUCAGCACCAGUUGGACCACCUGUAGCCGUACCGCCGGCAAAUCAAGCUGUGCCUCCAGCCGCAUCACUCCCUCUCAUUCCUGCGAUAACGACGGUGCCUCAAUCUCCACUGCUUACCGGCAACGAUUUUGUGACUGUGCAGUGGGUCGAAACGCACGUCGGCACAAUUCGUACAUGGGCACCACAGACCAAAACUUUUCACUUUGCGGCCAUGUCGCAAGCUCCGCUUCCCGGUGUAGGGUCGAUUGGCAUGGGGACGUUGACAGGAAAGGCAGGGCAGACGCAGACGAUCUUAAUGGUUGUGGGCGCGGCUUCCACUCCUGCAGUUGACUCGAAGAAGGUCAUCGGUGCUGCCGUGGCAGUCGGUCUUGCAGGUCUCAUGAUCUGAGAGAAGUCGACAGUGAAGCUGGGGGAUGUUCGGAGCGUCACACCGCGCUCAUAAAGAAGACAGAAUACUGGAGAUUAUAUCAGAAGCGCAGAGCACAAAGGACAUGCCUGGUAUAAUGCAUCACAAGUACAGAUAGUGAGCCAUACUACCUU